GGGCGCGUGCGCGGAUCACGUGGGUAGCGGACCUGCGGCGGUGUCCCGGGCGGCGGCCGCGCGGGCAGCGGGCGGGACGGGCUUCGGAGACCGCGCCUCUCGCUGCAGGUUGCCAUGGCUGCUGUUGACAGCUUCUACCUCUUGUACAGGGAAAUCGCCAGGUCUUGCAAUUGCUACAUGGAAGCCCUGGCCUUGGUGGGAGCCUGGUACACAGCCCGAAAGAGCGUCACAGUCAUCUGUGACUUCUACAGUCUGGUCAGGCUGCACUUCAUCCCUCGCCUGGGGAGCAGGCCCGACCUGAUCAAGCAAUAUGGAAGAUGGGCGGUCAUCAGUGGGGCCACAGAUGGCAUCGGGAAGGCCUAUGCGGAGGAGUUAGCGAGCCAGGGACUCAACGUCAUCCUGAUCAGCCAGGAAGAAGAGAAGCUGCAGGCCGUGGCUAGGCACAUAGCUGACACCUACAGGGUGGAGACGCAUGUCCUGGUGGCAGACUUCAGCAGAGGCCGAGAGAUUUACGCCCCCAUCCGAGAAGCCCUGAGAGACAGAGACAUUGGCAUCCUGGUGAAUGACGUGGGUACGUUCUACCCCUACCCGCAGUAUUUCAGCCAAGUGCCCGAGGACACGCUCUGGGACAUUGUGAACGUGAACAUUGCGGCCGCCAGCCUGAUGGUGCACAUCGUGCUUCCGGGGAUGGUGGAGAGAAAGAAGGGCGCCAUUGUCACCGUGUCUUCUGGCUCCUGCUGCAAGCCCACCCCACAGCUGGCUGCCUUUUCUGCGUCCAAGGCCUAUCUGGACCACUUCAGCCGAGCCCUGCAGUACGAGUAUGCCUCUAAGGGGAUCUUUGUGCAGAGUCUGAUCCCCUUCUACGUGACCAACAAUGGGACUGCGCCUGGCAGCUUCCUGCACAGAUGCCCGUGGCUAGCGCCGUCGCCAAGAGUGUAUGCACAUCAUGCAGUGUCGACCCUGGGCAUUUCAAAAAGGACCACAGGCUACUGGUCCCAUUCCAUUCAGUUCCUCUUCGCACAGUAUAUGCCCGAGUGGCUCUGGGUGUGGGGUGCAAACCUCCUCAACCGCUCCUUACGGAAAGAGGCCUUAUCCUGCCAAGCCUGAGCCGGGAGGCUGGGGAGAAGCUUGGCCAAGCCACGGUCACCUACGGUUUCUGGCGUUUGGAAGAACACAUUCACUCCGCCUGUGUAUCAUCUCAUACCGAGUCCCUAGUGCAUCACCACCCUUCAUGAGGCCGACUGUUACGUCUGUGAGCAAACCUCAGGGACCACAUGGGUGGCCUAGGGCGCAUGGCCACAAACCUGAGGACAGAACGGGCUGCUUUCCCGACACUUGGAGCGUGACUGGCUCGCUCCUGUGACGCCUUGUGGUGGUCCUUUUUCUUUUCUUUUCUUUUUUGAGAAGUCACCUGUUUUCCUUUUACAGGUGAUUGAUUAUAGUAUUGGCUUUCAAAGUGUUCCUCAUGCUGGGCAUGGUGGCUCAUGCCUUCAAUGCCAGCACUUGGGAGCUUGAGACAGACCUGGCUACAUAGUGAGUUCCAGGCCAGCCAGGGACAUGCAGUUAAACCUGUCUGAAAAAAAAUCAGCGUUCAUCAGGAAGACAACAGAAAAGUGUUCUUUUCCAACUGUGAGCUGGGAGUGCAGGUGUUAGCAGUGUAUGUGUAUCACACCACAUAGCUCCAUGGGGGGGUCUGUGUGUACACACUGUUUUUCCCAAAGGGUCCCCUAGAACCAUGUGUGUGCUGCCUGUCUGAAGUUAUCGAUAAGACUUUACUGUAGACUCUGUCAGGACAAGGUAAUUAGGGAGCCCUUCCCAGAGUGAACCCCUGGGUUACUCCCUUUCAUGUGCUAAAAGCCUUUCCGGCUCUGCACUGUGGGUUUGCCACGUCCUACACUGCUUCUUUGAGUGGUUUUGUCUUUACAGCUCUGUAGGUGGGUUUUGUUCCUAGGCUGGGACACAUAACAGGUUGUCUUUUGAUUUCUAAGGUAACUAUCAUGGCUAAGUGGUGGUUCCUCAGUGUGUCUGUGUUCUAACUGACCCCCUUCAGAGCUUGUUAGAGCUGGCUUUCAUACACUUUUCUAUGUAACCCAAUUUCUCCCCAAUUGAGUGUUGUUGAUAAAAUCAUCACGUGUUUGUGGAAUAGUGGUUAAAAUAUGGGCAGCUUUUGUGUGUGGUAUAAGGUAGUUAUUGAAGUGAUGUUAGAAGCUCAUUUUUAGCCUGUGUAAUGAAUGUGUACAUUGUAGGGAAUGCUUCUAUUAGUGUGAGGGUCCUUUAUGUAAAUCCCACAGUAUGGCGGCACACUGAAACUUAGUGUCUUUAGUUGGGUCUUAUAAAACCAACCUCUUGGGAGGGUCUCAUUCCUGGCCCGUGGGAGCCCGGAAGUCAUGGCAGCUUGUGCAGAGUGGAGGAUGUGGCGUUGACCCUUGUGGUGCUGUGCCGUGCCCGGGAAGUGAAAAUGAACGGCACGCUGGGACUUGUAUGGAGUUGCUUUAGUGACAUCCCGUCACCUGGAGGCCCAGGUGCACUUUGCCAGGACAUCAGAUGUACCAUUUUCGGCUGUGACUCAGAUCUAGAUCAAUGUCUUCACGUCCUCAGAUCAUGGGCAGACUGCCACGCUUGGAGACAGAGGAGGAGGAGCCUGGGGGGGGGGGGACGUCUGCCUUACUGCUGAGAACCUGUGUGGAUGCGAUAGGCGGCAGCACCUCUACACCUUCACGUGAGGGAGGGGAGACUCGGGGGUUCAAGGCCAGCAUGAGCUAUAUAGUGAAACUCCGGUUCAGGAAACAAGAACAGCAGCAGAGACACACCGUCCGCUCUGUGUAAGGUCCUAUGGCCUGGCAUUCAGACUUGUUGGUCAAGUGCAGAGUCCUUGUUCCGUGAUGAGGAGUCAGCGUUGUCGGUGAUGUUCUCUCAGCGGGACUCGGCUAGAACUCGGAGCACAGUGAUCCGUGGCUGCAGCAGAAGACCAGGCACCUUUAGGCUUCCUAGCUCUCAUAGGCAGACCCUCUCUGCUGAGUUAGUCCGCCUGCCCACUGUGGACAUGGUUUUCACCAAGGAAGGAGGAACUCUGAACCUUUGUAACUCAUCCUGUGAAUAGGAACGCAACAAUAAAAGCAUCACUGUUUCCUUCAGGU